AUGUUCCUUGCUGUUGAAGUUAACGUCGAGAGGACGGACCUCAACAUGCAAGGCUCUGGCAUCACAUACCCACCCGAUGAGUUAUUCAAGCCUGAGACACCUCCACUCUACGACGGUGACGGACAGCCACAGUUCGGUUGCAAGAUCGAUCUUCAAGCUGCCAGGGAAGCAGCGUUCUACUGCCCAGCACCGUACGUCCUGGACCCACCCAAUUGCCUCAGCCAAAUGUCUGUCGAUGGUGAAGUAAAGAACAUAGCAGAACUCAGCAAGUCGUUGGUAUCAUCUCGAUCCAACCACUUGUCAUACUGA